AUGUCAACCAAGGAACCCUUCAAGCCACCACCUCCACCCUAUGUAUACAAAUCUCCACCUCCACCACCCUAUGUCUACUCAUCCCCACCACCACCACCAUACUCUCCACCACCACCACCCUAUGUCUACUCGUCUCCACCACCACCACCCUAUGUAUACAAAUCUCCACCACCACCACCUUAUGUCUACUCAUCUCCACCGCCACCACUCUAUGUAUACAAAUCUCCACCCCCACCACCUUAUGUCUACUCAUCUCCACCGCCACCACCCUAUGUAUACAAGUCUCCACCUCCACCACCCUAUUUCUACUCUUCACCACCGCCACCACCCUAUGUAUACAAGUCUCCACCUCCACCACCUUAUGUCUACUCAUCUCCUCCACCACCACCAUAUUUAUACAAGUCUCCACCUCCACUACCAUAUGUCUACUCGUCACCACCACCACCUCCAUAUUUAUACAAGUCUCCACCUCCACCACCAUAUGUAUACUCUUCGCCGCCACCUCCAAUCUAUUAUAAGUGA